AUGGUAUUUGGGGUAUACACCGGCCCGGCGCCGCCGCAAAAGCCGAUGGCGGAGAUGACCCAGGAGGAGCAAGGGGAGCUCGGGGCCCGCAAGAUGAUCGAGGCGAUGCACCUGUGUCCGGGGAAGACCGUGAUCGCGGGGGGUUCAGGGUUCGCGUUGGGGGGUUUCUUCGGGUUGUUCAUGGCGCUGAUGGCGUAUGAUGUUCCCAUCGGGCUGACGGCGGUGAAGCACAUUCUGGACUUGCCGUUUAAAGAGCAGAUGCGCUACCAGUUUAAAGACAUGGGCCGCCGGAUGUGGCUGAGCGCUAAGAACUUUGGCUACAUCGGGAUGGUGUACCUGGGGGUCGAGUGUUCCAUCGAGAGUUUGCGGGCCAAGCACGACAUCUACAACGGGGUGCUGGCCGGGUGCAUCACCGGCGCCGGCUUGCUGAUCAAGGGCGGGCCCCAGGCCGCCGCCAUCGGGUGUGCGGGCUUCGCCGCCUUCUCGUACGCCAUCGACUUGUACAUGCUGAGCGACGCCGCGCGCCCUCCGCCCAACGACUAUGACGAGUAA